CGACCUCACAGUACACCACAUCAGCGCCAUAAUCCAGGGCCAGCAGGCGGGCCGGUAACGUGCCUAUCCUCACCAUCGGCGCCAACAUCACUUUGUCGGCAUAGUUCAGUCGGCUACUCGCACCGCCCGUGUUGGAAGUCAUCUCUUCACUUCUUCACAAGGUGAGAAGAAAACGUCAGAUACCGCAAAGGGAACAGGCUGAGUUAUCAACAGACCAAUACGCCGUACAAGGAUUUUUUCAUCUCUAUUUUGAUCCAGCACAGUUAGAUAUGGCUGACAACUUUAAGGAGAACGCUCGCAACAACUACUCCCGGAAGUACAAGCUUGCCCAUCGAGACAACAUCAAGAACAGGCCCAAACCGCCACCCGUGCUGGAGAACAGCCGCUGUCGGGACUGUCUGGGUGGUUACGACAAGAAGGCUCUGUACGAAGGCGCCUGUGUGUGUCACAGUGGUUUUCUAGUCGCCCUGAGAGGAACCUCGUACUUCAGAUGGACGUGUUGUAACGUGGUGUCUGGCGCCAGCACACCCACAUACCAGGAACAUAAAGACACAGGCUGCAGCUCGGGCAGACACUUCUGGCAACCACACAGGAAGUCCAGCGCUGGACAUCGACGGACACAUAGAAGGCGAGCACUGGCAGAGGAGAUCAGAGACGCUCAAUGAAAAACUGACAACAGUACCAACAUGUGUCGCUAGGUCGUGCUUUGUACAAGUUCAGGAGUUAGGGUUCGGCGCCGAGAAUACGAGAAUAGAGUUCAGAAAUUGAUAAUGUAUACAAAACAGUACAAUGACCACCGACCAAUAUAUUAUUGUACAUUGUAUAACUGUUGGUUAUCGCGACCGAUAUUACUAACAUAGCAUAAAGGGUCUAAGAUAUUGGAAAACAAUUUUGGAUGUAUUUACGUAUGUAACGAAUAUGAAUGAAACUCAUUAUACACAUCCAGCACACAAUGUAUACGUUAUCUUUGGUGUAUAUAGCACUGCAAACAAUUACAUACUUUUGAACAGCA